AUGUCACGGGUAUGGCCACUUAUGAUAUUGAUUGUGGUGACGCUUGCUUCAUUUUUUGCAUAUUGUGCGAGCGGACACCAAAAAUAUCGACAUCAACUGCCAGCCCAACCUUUCUUUCCAAAUUACACCGAAAGUUGGGUGUACGAUUUUCAUAGUGGACAAGCAAUUGGGGAGACGCUAGAGAGUGAUCAAUGGACUACGAUUACACUUUAUUAUGCUCCCUGGGAUCGUUAUUCUCAAAUUAUGAGGGUCCCGUUUCAAAAAGUAGCCAAAGAAAUACGAACUUUACACCGAACGGUCCGUUUUGUCGCAAUAAACUGCUUCGCGGCGCAUGGAAAAUGCAAGCAAACCUAUCGUAUGUUCGCGUACCCAUUUAUCAUGGCGUAUGUCGGGAGAUCGAGCUCUGUUUAUAUGGGAGAGCCAGAAGCUGAUCAUUUAUAUCGAUGGGUUGACAGCUUACUACAUCCCGUACAACUUUUAACUACCCAAAAGGACAUUGAUAAAUUUGUACAAGAAAGCUAUUAUCCUAUUAUUGGAUAUUUUCCAUUGAUAAAAUCACCAAUCAACAUAAGGCUGCGAAGAUUUAUCGCCGUCGCCAACAGCAUCCACACCGGGCAGCCAGCCCGAUACGACUACCAGUUUGCCGUUAUUUCAAAUCAAAAUCUGGCCAGAGUCAAUCAGCUGUCGACCGGUUGGCCUUUGGUAGCACAGACAAAAUUCGAGGGGCCCGAUUGUUAUAGCGGAAAUUUCACCCGGAAAAAUAUUGAAGAGUGGGCUUUGCAACUUCCUGGGAGGGAUAAGACGAUUAGAAGAGUGGAAUUUAAUAAACUCUACGAGCUCAGCAAUCGAGAUUUUUCAACGCUACUCCGAAAGGGCCCUACGCUAAUUUUAUUUGCCGAGAAUAAGGCGCUGGGCGAGAAUUUGCUGCUUAAUUUAUUUAAACAGAUGGUUCACGAAUAUCACAACUGCGCAAUUGGACAGAGUACAAAUGUAAUUAUGCAUAUUAAAGCUAGUCAAGGGAAUGUUACUGGACGAUGUGGGGUGAUGUCACCAAAUAAAGCAUUGGCUUGUUGCGACUUUGAUGGACAACAAAUUGACUGGAAAAAGAUUUGUCCAGUUAUCUCAUCUUGUCAAACUGACGAGUGCUUGCAAAAUCUUUUGGAAGCAGCACCACCACUUCCGGAAACUUGUCUAAUUACCCACGCCUCGGAUUACGUCACAAUCUGGAAAGCCUGCUGCGCAAGAGCAACAUCAAUGGAGCUAGACUCAAAAUUGCCGGAUCGUCUCUACCUUGAUCGAGCGUCAAAUCUGGCUAUGAUAGAUGCGCAAACCUGCACAUCGAGGCGUCUGACAAAACAGGAACGAUAUAAGAUCCGACCCGAAACGCCGGACAUUGGCUACGAUUUAACGUUCCUCAGCGGAAGAGGGUGUCGGCAUGAGGAAGAGGAAAAAGACGAGCCGCUGCUGCAAUUUGCUAUACUGGACGCUAAACAAAAUGUGUUUUUUGCUAAGAAAUGGGGGAUUAAAGGUUCACCAGCGAUCGUCGGAGUCGAUUUGAAAGCGGAAAUGUUUGGGGCCGAAGAGAAUGUUAAUGGAACAUCCCUUCUAAAAUUCACACAAGAUUUCAUUGCUGAAAAUGUCAACGAUUAUUUCCUCGGUGAAGAGAAGCGGGGUAGUGGAUUUUCUCAUAAGAUCCCACUUCCGGAAAGAGAAGAAGCUAAACAAAGCAUGCCCGUGCUCUUAGAAAGACUGACAAAACAUACAUUCCACAUUGCUACGGAGUCCAACAUUGAUAGCGUUGUUUACUUUUCUGGCGGAAGCUGGCAUGGGCCGUCGGCUACGCAAAUGCAUUUGAUGCAUUCGGUGUCUAGAAUAUUUCUACCGGCUGCUGAAGGAAUGAUACGAUUCUAUACGAUCGAUGCUUCUCGGAACGAGCUGCCUUACAAUUACAAUUUCGAGGCAUAUCCGGCAAUAUUGAUUUUUAGUCCAAACAAGACCGAACUAUCCUGGAAAUAUCCAGCUGAAGCAAAACUCGACAUAGAAGACAUUACAGCUUUUAUCUUGUCAUAUUGUAGCGAUGAGCUGCGAGUAAAAAUGGCCUUUGAGCUGCUUGACCGUACAUAUACUCCUCGCGUACUUCGAAGACUGAAGCGCCACAUCCAUUGGCUGAGCUCCAGAAAUCGAUCGCUUCGUGAAUUUUCAUUACUUCGAACGGGUCCUCAACACGAGCUAUUCGUUUUCCACGAACGAGCAUUGAUUCAAAAAAACAUCCUCCGACUCCGUGCGGCCCGUGGCCUUCUCUCCAUCCUACGCAAUCGCGUCGACUUCUCAUCCCAAAAUCAAGAAAUGGGAAAAAUUGCCAAACUCCUGAGAGAACUUCUCAAUUCC